AUGCCCCAUCGCAGGGCGCUAGGAGGCAGUCUAAUGUCUUCGACAAUCACACCCACAUUUACCGCCCCGCCAUCAGACUCUCCAUCGCCGACGAACGGCGGCAACAGUGGUGGAGGUAGCAGCAUGCAACGCGGCGCAAAUUACUUUUUCGGCUUCCUUAUCACCUUCGUCGUACUCCUCCUCUUAUUUAUCGGUUGUGGAAUUGGCUCAAGGCGGAGGUUCGCGCGGAGGCGGGCACUGUUCUUGGCAACGUUGGAUCCGCAGUGUAUGCCGAAAGAGAUGUUGCCGCCCAGGCCAUCGUUCUUCGAGACGCCUUUCGUGGCUUCGGAUGGCAAAAGUAGCUGGGACAAUUUAAAUCCGUUAUCCGUGAGAGUGGUGAGGAAGCAGACGGAAGAGCCUCGGAGUGGAGAUCAAUCCACACCAUCAGAAUUCAACGUGCCUCCGCCUGAAGGGCAAACUUCUCCUUCCUCUUCCAUGUUUCCGUCAUGGCUGCGACGACCGCGCCAUGCGGACGAAACACAAGCUUCUAACGAAUCCGAAGUAGAGCCCGAACCGCCGGAAUCCAUACAGGUUGCAGCCAUCAUUGGCAUGCCUACCUUAUCUCACAAAGAUGAUAACUAUCAUGACGAACGAUUACCGGAGUACCAGAUUGGUGUUGUGAAUUUGCCAUGGCGCGAGGGUAUGCCAUCUUAG